AUGACCAGGCUCCUUUCUCUCCUUGCCCUCACGGCAUCUGUCCUUCCUUUGGCCGUGGCCACCUCCAACGCUAGCUGCAAGACCGACUCUCAGUUUGACUUCCUUGGGUUCUGCAUUGACCUCGAUAUCAACGGCAACAAGGAUUGUAAGGGAGCCGCUCCCACCGGAAAGUCUUGCCCGGACUCCUGGUUCUGGAACACUAAAGCUAACCACUGCACGCCUCAAUCUCCUGGUGCAUCUGGUUCAACCCCUUGCGCGAAUGGCCAGUCCUGGGACUCGAACGCACUGUGUUGUACGAAGCCGUCCGGUCCCGCUUCAACCAAACCGGCUGCGACUACUUCCAAGGUGGCCACUACGUCUGCCGCUCCACCUCCUUCCACCUCCUCGGCCUCGAUCUGUUCCUCUAACGAAUUCGCUUGGACCGGUUUGAAGGGUGACUGCUGUUUACCUCACGGCGGUCAGCCUAAUCCUCCUUCUCCCCCUGCCGGCUCGUCGUGCCCCUCUACUUGGUGGUGGCACCAGGACCAGGGAUGCUGUGUGCCAAGCAAACCCUCGCCUCCGACGCCUUCGUGCCCAACUGGCCAGAGCUGGAAGGACCAAUGUUGCAAGCCCACCGGGGGCGCUUCCACCUCCCCGGCUGCGACGUCUCCAGUCAAAACCACCGGCACUGGCACGACCACUUCUCCGCCCUCUUCCUCGACUGGUACUUGCGGCCAGAACGAGUUCUCGUGGCUCGGUCUGAAGGGCGAGUGUUGCAUUCCCCACGGUGGAAAGCCGAACCCACCUUCGCCACCUGCUGGCUCUUCAUGCCCGUCCACUUGGUGGUGGCACCAGGAUCAAGGUUGCUGCGUUCCUAGCAAGCCUUCUCCCCCGACUCCCUCGUGCCCGGCUGGCCAGAGCUGGAAGGAUCAGUGCUGCAAGCCCACCGGCGGUGUCUCGACGUCUCCCGCCACUACUCCCGUGAAGACCGGUACUCUCACUGCCACGUCUCCAUCCGCUUCGUCGACAAGUUCUUGCGGUCAAAAUGAGUUCUCAUGGCUUGGCCUCAAGGGUGAGUGCUGCUUGCCCCAUGGCGGCCAUCCCAACCCGCCUUCACCCCCGCCCAAUCAGUCGUGCCCAUCCACAUGGUGGUGGCACGAAGGUCAGGGCUGCUGUGUACCCAAUAAGCCGUCACCUCCUCAGCCUUCGUGCCCGUCGGGUCAUUUCUGGAGCAACUGGUGGUGCUCGCCCAAUGGUGGUACUCCCACGACCACUUCCAAACCGCCCUCCUCGACCGGCACUUGCGGCGACAAUGAGUUCUCAUGGUGGGGUCUCAAGGGUCAAUGCUGUAUUCCUCAUGGUGGCAAGCCCAACCCGCCCUCUCCCCCGCCGGGCCAGUCUUGCCCUUCCACUUGGUGGUGGCACCACGACCAGGGCUGUUGUGUUCCUAGCAAGCCGUCGCCUCCGACGCCAACCUGCCCCCCCGGAAACAGUUGGAAGGACCAGUGCUGCAAGCCCUCGGGUCCUCAGCCCAGUGGCCACUACAGCAAGCGUCAUAAGAAGAAGCGCACGGCGACUCUGUGCCCCGCCGGUCUCGAAGCUUGCUCUGUCAAGGGUCUCUUCGGUCUCAGCUCCGACUAUGAGUGUGUCGACACUGCCCAGGACGUUCAGUCGUGCGGUGGUUGCUCUUCGACAAGCCCCGAAUUUGAUUGCACUGCAAUUGAGGGCUCGUGGAAUGUUGGUUGUGAGAAGGGCUCUUGCAAGGUCUAUUCUUGCCAGGCUGGAUACAAGCUGACUGCCAAGAACACCUGCGAGCAACUCUGA